AUGGCUGCUCCUCCUCUAUCCUGGCAUCUGCCCCUCCUCAUGCUUCUCCUUCCGCUGGCCAGCCCUGGACCAUCCACAGCUGUGAAGGAUGCUUCCACGCUCACAUGCUUCUACAACUCGAAGGCCAACAUCUCCUGUGACUGGAGCCGGGAUGGGGCUCUGCAAGCCCAGGACUGUGAACUUCACGCCCAGUCAGAGAAUAGGUGGUGGAACAAAACCUGCAAACUACUGCCCACCAGUCGGGAGUCCUGGACCUGUAACCUGAUCAUUGGGUCUCCAGAGUCUCAGAUACUGACAGCAGCUGAUGUCGUCACCAUAAGCGUAAAGUGCCACCAAGGGAAGCAGCAGUGGGUAGCGACAAGCCUGUACUUCAAGCCCUUUGACAACCUUCGCCUGAUGGCCCCCACCUCCCUCCAAAUCGUCAAGAUCGAGGCUCGAAGGUGCAACGUCACCUGGACCCUCCCCCAGGUCUCCCACUACAUUAAACAUUACCUGGAGUUCCAAGUCCGGACACGGCUCCAAGGCCACAGCUGGGGGGAGACCUUGAGCAUCAAGCAGAACCAGCAAUGGCUUUACCUGGAGACACUGAGUCCAGACACCACCUACGAGCUUCAGGUGCAGACCAGGGCCCGUAAAGACAUCAACAUGACCUGGAGCCCCUGGAGCCAGCCCCUGUCCUUUAGGACAAGGCCUGAAGCCCCCGGGAAGACCCUACCUCUUUCUUGGAGGAGCUACAUGAUUGGGGGUGUCAGUGGUACCAUUACCUUCAUCUUCAUCAUCUUGGUAUGCCUGCUGGUCAAAUGCCAAUACAUCAGUCCCUGGCUAAAGAAGGUUUUGGAGUGUCGCAUCCCAGAUCCCUCAGAGUUCUUUUCCCAGCUGAGUGAGGAGCAUGGAGGAGACUUCCAGAAGUGGCUCUCCUCGCCCUUCCCCUCAGCCUCCUUCAGUCCCCAUGGCACUGCACCCGAGAUCUCUCCGCUGGAGGUGAUGGACAGGGACGCCAAGACCACACAGCUGCUCCUGUGUCCACAGGACAAAGUGCCCAUGCCUUCUCCCAGCAGCCAUUCACACACCAGCUGCUUCACCAACCAGGGUUACUUCUUCUUCCACCUCCCCGACGCCCUGGAGAUCGAGGCCUGCCAGGUGUACUUCACUUACGACCCCUGCACUGCAGAACCUGACGAGGGCAGAUCCGGGGCUCCUGCGGGGUCUCCCCAGCUAGCCCUGCCACCUCAGCCCGGGGAAGAUGAUGCCUACUGCACCUUCCCCCCAGGGGAAGACCUGCUGCUCUUCUCCCCUGGUCUCCUUGGGGGCCCGGGUCCCCCAAACACUGCACAGGGGGGCAGUGGAACCAGGGAGGAGAGACAGCACUUCUGCCUUCAGGGAGAUGUUUGUGGAGAGUCUGCCUCUAGACCUGUGGGCUCCCCUGCCCCAGGAUCCCCCAGCCUAGUGUCUGUUAAGGAGUUGGCACCAGGAGAAGGUGGCGAGCAAGUCCCAGUCCCUGGUUCUGAAGAAGGGGAUGGCUGCCCCUGGGACACCUUUCCUGGGCAGGGGCAGGCCAAGGCCCUCACCUCCAGCCUGACCCAGAACACUGAUGUCUACCUGUCCCUCCAAGAGCUCCAAGACCAGGACCCAGCUCACUUGUCAUAG